AUGGGCCGGAAGGAAGGUGGGAAAGAUGGAGGAGACGGGCAGGAGGAGCCCGUGUCGAUGCUCGUUCGGAUACGAAGACACUUCGAGGAGCAGGGCCUGUCGGCAUCGGACAUUCCCAUGGCGUUCGUGUACCACGAGGCCACGGGCAUCACUCUUGCAAUAGCUGCGUGGGCAAUGUGCUGGAGGCUCCAGCCGUCCAAGUUCGUCGUGAGCCGACUGCCGGCAGGUGCACAGACCAAGCACGCUCGCGCACUGAGAGCGGCUGAGCGCGCCGUUGCGUCGAACAAGCUCCUGCAGCGACUCCCAGUGAUGCGGCGCGACACAGCGCGGGCGACGCUCAGCCUCGCGGAGUCGAUCGUGUUCAGGGGUACCAUCAAGCCCGUGAGCAUGCCGUUCAAGCUGUGGGCGUCGUACGAGCUGACCAGAGCAACCAAACGGGCGUUGGCAAAGGUUUCGAGCCCCGCCAGUCUGACGUUCAAGAACGCCGCAACAGCCGCCGUCACACCAUGCAAAUUUAGUUGCCGAAAAGGGCUGGCCAUCGCCGAGUGA